UAAACUGUGGGCAUGGUGGCGCUGCAUAAUAUUAUUCUCUCAACAAAAUCCUUCAAAUUAGCCCGAUUAUAUUCAUCGUUUUUUCCGAUCUGAAUCUCUAUUAGUUUCUUCAUCAGCUUCUGGAUCAUCACAAGCUAUAUCUUCCAGUUUGCAUAUAUAAUCAUAUGGCUCCUUCUCCUUCUCCUUCUUGUUCUUCUGUGUCGUCGUCUUCACCAGCCAUGGCUUUUGCAGUUGCUUCUGCUGUUUGUGUGUUCUUCAGUUGCUUCGUUUCUGUAUCACAAGCUCAAAACGCUACCACAGAUCCUUCUGAAGCGAGAACGUUGAAUUCAAUCUUCAACAAAUGGGAAAUAUCGGCGUCAGCAAGUGUAUGGAAUAUAAGCGGUGAACUAUGCAGCGGACGAGCUAUUGACAGCACUACCGCGGUCGAAGACUUCAAUCCAUUUAUCAAAUGCGACUGUUCCAAUGGCACCUGCCACAUUACUGCACUGAGGGUUUAUGCAUUGGAUGUUGUUGGGGAAAUCCCAGAAGAGCUAUGGACUCUGACUCACCUCACCAAUUUGAACCUCGGUCAGAAUUAUUUGACGGGUUCUCUACCUCCGGCCAUUGGAAAUCUCACUCGUAUGCAGUACAUGACCUUAGGCAUCAACUCCUUAUCAGGGGAGCUUCCCAAGGAAAUGGGAAAUCUUACCGAGUUAAUUGUAUUGGGUCUUGGAUCAAACAACUUCUCUGGGUCUAUCCCCUCUGAACUAGGGAAACUCGUGAAAUUGGAACAACUCUAUUUAGAUAGUUCGGGACUUAGUGGCCAGAUUCCUCCCACUUUUGCUAGUCUUAAAAACCUGGCGACAGUAUGGGCUUCAGACAUGGAACUCACGGGCAGGAUACCAGACUUCAUAGGAAGUUGGUCUAAGCUUAUAGUCUUGAGGUUCCAGGGGAAUUCUUUUGAAGGUCCAAUACCAUCAUCAUUUAGCAAUCUGACUUCUCUUACAGAGUUGAGAAUAAGUGAAAUAUCUAAUGGGAGCUCCUCACUGGCAUUUAUAAGGAAUAUGAAAUCUUUGACUGUCUUAGUUCUGAGAAAUAACAAUAUUUCUGAUCCAAUUCCAUCAAAUAUCGGUGAAUUUCUAAAUUUGACCCAGCUGGAUCUGAGCUUCAAUAACAUCACAGGACAGGUUCCGGGAUCACUUUUCAAUCUGAGUUUGCUAACACACUUGUUUCUGGGAAAUAACAAACUCACUGGUGCAAUCCCUACUCAGAUAAGCCCAACUCUUCUCAAUAUAGACUUGUCCUACAACAAUCUAUCAGGGACCCUCCCCUCUUGGGUGAACAAACAAAAUUUACAACUAAAUUUGGUUGCUAACAAUUUGACAAUAGAAGGUUCAAAUAGCAGUGACCUUCCUUUUGGACUCAAUUGUCUACAGCGAAAUUUUCCUUGUUUUCGUGGUUCUGGAAUAUAUUAUAACUUUGCAAUCAAGUGUGGCGGUCCUUCAAUCACAUCAUCAGAAAGAAUUACUUAUGAAAGAGAUAAUGAGACACUUGGUCCUGCAACUUAUUAUGUUACUGAUACAACAAGAUGGGCAGUUAGCAAUGUCGGGCUAUUUACUGGGACAAACAAUCCUCAAUACACAAGCUUUGUAUCAAAUCAGUUCACUGGUACUGUGGACUCAGAGCUCUUCCAAACAGCACGGCUAUCAGCUUCUUCGUUAAGAUAUUAUGGCUUGGGGUUGGAAAAUGGGGAUUAUAACAUUUCCCUUUAUUUCGCCGAAACAUCUAUUCUAGAUACGAGUACAUGGAGAAGUCUUGGAAGACGGGUCUUUGAUAUAUAUAUCCAGGGGAAUCGUGUUUUGAAGGAUUUUAACAUUAAACGGGAAGCUGGGGGUGCCUCUUUUAAAGCUGUCCGAAAGGAUUUUCAGGUUCAUGUGUCAGAAAACUUUCUUGAGAUCCAUCUCUUUUGGGCUGGAAAAGGGACUUGCUGCAUACCAGCUCAAGGUACUUAUGGUCCUGUGAUUUCAGCAAUCAGUGCUACCCCAGAUUUCAUUCCCACAGUUGGUAACAAACCUCCAAGCAGUACAAAGAACAGAACCGGUUUGAUUGUGGGCAUUGUUGUUGGUGUUGGAGUCGUAAGCUUUCUUUUUGUUUUUGUGGUUUUCUGUAUCAUCCAGAGAAGAAAGCAUCAUGAAGAUGGUGAAGAAGAGCUUUUAGGUAUAGAUAUAAAGCCAUAUACUUUCAGCUAUUCUGAGUUAAAGAAUGCUACAGAUGACUUCAAUCCAAGCAACAAAUUGGGAGAGGGAGGUUUCGGACCUGUUUAUAAGGGAACACUUAACGAUGGAAGAGUAAUUGGUGUGAAACAACUUUCUGUAGGAUCUCAUCAAGGAAAGAGCCAAUUCAUAGCUGAGAUUGCAACUAUAUCUGCUGUGCAACAUCGUAAUCUUGUUAAAUUAUAUGGGUGUUGCCUUGAAGGAAAUAAAAGACUUCUUGUCUAUGAGUAUCUAGAAAACAAGAGUCUUGAUCAAGCAUUAUUUGGAAAUUGUUUAACUCUCAACUGGCCCACACGCUAUGAUAUUUGCAUGGGUGUAGCUAAAGGUUUAGCUUACCUUCAUGAAGAGUCUCGCCUCCGUAUUGUGCACCGUGAUGUAAAAGCUAGUAAUAUUCUACUUGAUCAUGAUCUUACCCCUAAAAUAUCUGAUUUUGGUUUGGCCAAAUUAUAUGACGAUAAAAAGACCCAUAUAAGCACCCGUGUAGCUGGGACAAUUGGAUAUCUUGCUCCGGAGUAUGCCAUGCGUGGGCACCUUACGGAGAAAGCAGAUGUGUUUUCCUUUGGUGUUUUGGCCUUAGAGAUGGUUAGUGGGAGGCCAAAUUCUGAUUCAAGCCUAGAAGGGGAGAAGAUGUAUCUUCUAGAAUGGGCUUGGCAGCUGCAUGAGAACAACUGUAUACUUGGACUCGUGGAUCCUAGACUAUCUAAAGAUUUCAACGAGGGAGAAGUAAAAAUGAUUGUAGGGAUAUCUCUUCUGUGCACUCAAUCAUCACCAUCGUUGAGGCCAGCGAUGUCCCGUGUCGUGGCAAUGCUUUCCGGAGAUAUCGAAGUGAGCAGUGUAACUUCAAAACCUGGAUACUUGACAGACUGGAAAUUUGAUGAUGUGAGCAGCUUCAUGACUAGCGUGGCCACAAAGGGAUUAGCAUCAGGUACAAGUCAAUAUAACUCAUCCACAAGUACUAGCACAUUCAGUGGUGCAGAUCUAUCACCUAAAGAUGCUUCUAAAACCGUCCUUCGUCACAUUCUUGAUGAAGGUAGAUGAGAAUUGAUUGAUCGUGCACGUUUUUUUUCGUUUUUUUUUGUCCCAAUUCCUAUAAAGGGGAUCCAUAAUAGAAUGAGGUUGUGCUCUUAAUCUGACUUCACUUUUCUUCUUCCUACCCUUUUUUUGCUUAUAUCAUACCCCGUUUAUUUGAAUGUAUCAUCAAAGUGUUUAGCCUCUAUUUUUGAUUUCAUCCCUCGUUAAUGUGUAAUUAGAAAGUUUUUCAUUUAUCAUUCAUCAAUGUCAAUGUACAAUUUUUGAAAAAUCAUAUUACUUGUAAGUUAUGAAAUAUUGUUCAUUUCUCAAGCUGUGUAAUAUAAUAUUAAAAAAAGGAAACAAAUUGAUUA